UGCAAGGACUUUCUAGAAAAUACAAUGAAAUCGCCCCUAUCCGCCAUCUCGCCAGUUUCUUUCUUUCCUUAAUUAACAAAGAAGUUCCUCUCCUAUUUUUCUCUUCUUCCUUUUUCCCCCUUUUUUUUUAUUAUUAUUAUUUUUUUUUAUAGUUUUGAUUUCACAUUCAAUCCUCUCCAUGUCCAUGGCUCUUCCUCAAAACCACUUUCAACAACAAUACCACCACCACCAGCAGCAGCAAUCUAAGAACUUAAGAAACUUGUACUCAAUUGACGGACAGGUUUAUUAUAACCCUGUUAAUUUACAAGUUCAAUCUCAGCAUCCUCCAUAUAUUCCACCUCCUUUUCAUGUUGUGGGGUUUGCACCGGGUCCGGCUACCAUUGCUGAUGGAAGUGAUGGGGGAGCUGAUUUGCCUUGGAAUAAUUAUGGGUUGGAACCCAAGAAAAAGAAGUUAAAGGAGCAAGAUUUUUUGGAGAAUAAUUCUCAGAUUUCAUCGGUCGAUUUCUUGCAAGCACGAUCAGUUUCAACUGGGUUAGGCUUGUCCCUUGACAAUACCCGUCUUUCAUCUUCUGGUGAUUCUGCUUUGAUUUCGCUCAUUGGGGACGAUAUCGAUAGGGAGUUACAGCGACAGGAUGCGGAAAUUGAUAGAUUCCUCAAGGUUCAGGGUGAUCGAUUGAGGCAAACUAUCCUAGAGAAGGUUCAGGCUAACCAACUCCAAGCUCUCUCGCUUGUGGAAGAAAAAGUUCUUGAAAAACUUCGUGAAAAAGAAGCAGAGGUAGAAAGCAUUAGCAAGAGGAAUAUGGAACUUGAAGAGCAAAUGGAACAAUUAUCUGUGGAAGCAGGAGCUUGGCAGCAACGAGCUAGAUACAAUGAAAGUGUGAUAAAUGCCCUCAACUUUAACCUUCAGCAAGUCUAUGCUCAAAGUAAAGAUAGCAAAGAAGGGUGUGGUGAUAGUGAGGUGGAUGAUACUGCUUCUUGCUGCAAUGGUCGUGCUAUUGACUUUCAUCUGCUCUCUAAGGAGAAUAAUGACAUGAAAGAAUUGAUGACUUGUAAGGUUUGCAAAGUCAAUGAGGUUUGCAUGCUUCUGAUCCCAUGUAAGCAUCUAUGCGUUUGUAAGGAUUGUGAAAGUAAGCUUAGUUUUUGUCCCCUAUGUCAGUCUAAGUUUGUUGCCAUGGAAGUCUAUAUGUAAUAGGAUAUAUUUAUAAAUGGCGCAAUGUUAUACUAAAGUUAUAUGCAUUGAUUAUGUCAUUUUAUUGCUUGAUACAGCCGCUGGUUUUUCUCC